AUGCCAGCACCUCAAUCUACACCGCUGUCGCCUCCACCGCAGCAGGGAGCUGCAGCACCAGGCUCCAGCAAGACGCCUCCGCCACCAUCACCACCUUCUUCUUCCACCAGCAACACCCUUCACCAGGUCGGCUCCCGACAGGGAACGCGCUCACGGACUCGCACGCGUCGAAACAUGUCGUCCUCCGCCUCUGGUUCGCAUCGCACACCGCGCUACACAAACGAGGACCAUCCCAUGGCGCCUCACAAUCUCGCCGCUCGUGGUUACCACUCGUUCCGCUGCCUCGGCGUCCCCUUCCACGUCAAGCAGCGAUACACCUUUGUACGCGAGCUCGGCAUCGGAGCUUACGGCUGCGUAGCCCUGUGUCGCGACGAGGUGCUCGAAUGCAACGUCGCCAUCAAAAAGGUGACCCGCAUCUUUGAGAAGGAUGUCCUUGCACGCAGAGCCCUCCGCGAGGUGGCGUUGCUCCGUCACAUUGGCAUGUGCGACAAUGUCACCGCUUUGCUCGACUUUGACACCGCUUUCAUCGACUUUUCCGAGAUCUACCUCGUCCUUUCCGCAAGCGAAGCCGAUCUCUCGCAGAUCAUCCGCUCGGGUCAAGCACUCUCGGAUGCGCACCACCAGUACUUCAUGGCCCAAAUCCUGAGAGGCGUUCGCUACAUGCAUGCUGCCAAGGUCAUCCAUCGCGAUCUCAAGCCCAGCAAUCUCCUGGUGAACGGCGACUGCGCCCUUCGCAUCUGCGAUUUCGGUCUGGCUCGAGCCUAUGCCGACUCGGACGAGUUCCUCGCACCACCAUCGUCCAGCAGCGACGAUGCCGAGGCAAAGCCAAGAUCGAGCAUCGGCAGCAGCGUCGAUGGCGACCACGUCGAGGCGAACCAAUCCACUCUUCCCACUUCUGACGCAGCUUCUUCCUCCCAGCCCCAGGUGCAGCCCCGCGAUGGCUCGGCACGCUCACCUUCACCUGCCUCGGAUCUCCACGUCCAGCUGUACAAGACCGACUCCAAGGGCAAACAAAAGCGCCUCAACUACCCUGGUGGUCCACUCACUGGCUACGUCGCGACACGAUGGUACCGCGCUCCCGAAGUCAUGCUCUGCUUCCGAGAGGGCUACGGUCCCGAGAUGGACAUGUGGUCCGUCGGCUGCAUCCUCGCCGAGCUCAUCGCUGGCGCACCCAUCUUUGGCGGCAAGGACUACGUCGACCAGAUCGCACGCAUCAACAAUGUUCUCGGCUCGCCCUCCGAAGCGGUGUUGGACAAGAUUGGAUCGGAACGGGCAAAGACUUACAUCAAGUCGCUUCCCAACAUGCCCGCCGUGCCUCUGGAGAAGCUGUACCCAAAUGCAAAUCCGGAAGCGCUGGAUCUGGUUGCCAAGCUGCUCACCUGGGAUCCCGACCAGCGAUUGACUGCCGAAGAGGCUCUCCGUCAUCCCUGGCUCAAAGCCUACCACGAGUCGAACGCGCGCUGGCAAGUGCCUCAGCCCUUUAGCAAGUUUGCCGAGGUCGAGUUCAUCCACUCACUCCGACAGUUCAAGACGAGCUUGCAGCGCGAAGCUGAUGAGAUGCGUCUCGAGCUGGAGGAGCUCGAGCGCGAAGAGAUGGAGCAUCUCGGUAACGGUGUUCAGAACGGGACCGAAGCUACUGCGACCAAUGGCAAUGGCGAACAUCGCCACGAAGCUCACCAGAACGGCGAGCAGCCUUCUUCGCAGCAAUCCAACGGUACCAACGGUCACGUCAACGAGGCCAACGUUGAUGCCGACGAGCAAGCCCACGCCGACUCGGGAAACGUCCAGGGGGCAGAUGACGUUGUCGACCACUCCGCGCAACAAGAGCGCCGAGGCGUCGAUGCCGAUGCCCCGUACUCUGAUCUCUCCUCCUCCAACCUUGCCAAAGUCGACAACGAAGCGCGCAACGCGGACGCGGACGCCGAUUCCGCCGAUGCAGAUGCACUCUCGUGCAGCGCAUCAACGCAAUCAGGCCACCCGCCCGUCGACACUGCCUCUUCCAGCUCGUCGAUCCACACGCCUUCGUCCACGUCUGUUGCCAGCGCCGACGAGGCGGAACCAGCCUCUCCUCGGAUGUACGAGGCAUGUCGAAUGUCGACGGCGCUCAAGAGCCGCGCUGAGCAUCUCGAGGAAGGCAAAGCGCUUCGCAAGCCGCCGUCGUUUUUUCGGCUCGGGCAUGAAGCGGAAGGACGCACGUUUGGCGCUCUGAUUUCCGACGAGGAAGCUCAGCAGCACAACGUCGCCUUCAUGCCCAGUCAAGUCCUCACCGUGGCGCGUGGUCUGGUCGAAUACCAGUCCACAGCAGCAGCUGCCAUGCGUGAUGCGGCUUUCCUUCCGAGUCUUUCUUCGCAGUCUGGUGACGGAGUGCAGGCACAGCCAAGGGAUGCAGUGAUGCUGUCGAGGAGCAGCACGAUCAAGGCGCUUGCUGCGUCCGAUUCGGUGUCGGGUGGGGGUGGAUCAAGCAGAGCGCCUCCAGCCUCGCUGCCGUCGUCUUCAACCUCAGGAGUGGGCGGGCGAGCAAGUGGCGCAGCAAGCACGCCUUCGCUAGCACAGAGCCUGCUCGAUGACACACUGUUCGCACCAGCAGACGGCUCAUCGAGCGGGUUGAAGAGCGCCAAUUCGCAACGACACGGCAAGCAGCUGGUAAUCCUGCAAGACUCGAUCGUGCAGUCUUCAGUCAGUCUGGUGCGUGAGUUGAUCGCUCGCUCGACGCAGCGUAACCAAGCAGUGCUGCUCGUAUCUACCCUUCGACAAGCCGAGACCUAUCUUGAUGGUAUCGAUGCUGGCAACGUUGCUUCCAUUGAUGCUACUCUACUUGGCAACACGUUUGCACCGAAUGGCGAAGCGAUCAAGACGAGCCAAGAGCUGAUCGAUCGGAUCACUGCCAAGCUGGCGCAGUUGAACGCGAAUGUCAGCAAGACGACGGUGAUUAUCGAUUCGUUGAAUGCCAUCGCGCAUGCAGAGGCGACGACGGGUGGAAUUGUGGUGGCUAGUAGGGUUGUACGUGAGACGCUCGCGCUGAUCGGCGGAUCUUCGAGGUUGGUUGUUGGGCUGCGACUGGGAGGUGUGGAUGCGUCGACCAGUGCCGGGUUGCUGUCGAGUCUGCACUCGCCGCUGAUCUGGGGCAACUCUGCUGCAUCUACCGCUUCUUCGGCGGCCGGCGCCGGUGGUACGGUGCUCUCUGUUACCGUUCAUUCACCUGCACUUCUCCGACAUGUUUUCAAGCAGUACAGUCUCAAACCCCCCAGCACGAGCAGCGCUGUCAAGCGGGUGCUGGGAUUCGACGCUGGCGAGGAUGGCGAGGAGGAAGUGGAUGCGAGGUUUUGGGAUGUUCUGCGCAACGUGGCCAAUAGAGGUCCGAUGGGUGUCGCCGGGUACGAGGCGGGUGGAGGGGUGGAAGGGUGGUGGAAUGGAGAAGGGUGUGGGUUUGAGGCGCUCUGCGAGGGUGGGAUGGAUAAGAGCGGUGGUGGACCGACGGCGAUCACGUUGGCGGAUGUUUUGGGUCAGAGGACGGGAUAUGCGGUGUUGGAACUGCAUUAUCAGUCCAAGACUGGCAAGAAGUACGAGGAGCUGGUUGGAUUCACCUCUGAGUCGGUCGUUGUUCCCUUGGACAUGACCGAUCGAUCCAGCGCCUCGACUGCCGCCACCACAUCCGCUACCCAAGCCACUGCAACAGCUCCCACCGGCGACGCUCACAGCAGCAUGAUCUCGACUCUCCCCUUCAACCUGGCCGAGACGCAGGAUCAACGCGCCAGACGCGAGUUCGUGCCACUGCCGUACGCCUACCAUCAGCAGGAACAGGCGUUGAGGGGGAACACGGGCAAUGCGAGCAUCUUUUUCGAGCCGGAAGAGGACGACGACGAAGAUGAGGACGAUCCGGACGAUGAUCUGGAUUUGUAG